AUGCCAGAGCUAUUCGACCACAAUGGCAAGCCAGCUGCUCAUCAUAUGGCACGGGUAAACGGGAUCCGAAUGCACUAUAUCACCGCAGGCUCAGGGCCACCACUCCUUCUUCUUCACGGAACACCAAAGAACCACUACUACUGGUAUCGAAUCCUACCGUACUUGACGCCGCAUUUCAGUAUCGUCGCGCCAGAUCUGCGAGGCUUUGGCGCGACCGACAAACCUCCCGCAAGCGAUGGCUAUGAUGGCCGCGUCAACGCCCAGGACAUGGCUGAUCUCAUGAGUCAGCUCGGCGAAGAUAAAUUUGCAAUCCAUUGCGAAGAUCGUGGUGCUACAUUUGGGUUCUGCACUGCUGGGCUGUACAGGGAUCGUGUCACACAUCUGAGCUUCUGUGAGAUGAUGCUAUCACAGCAGUUGACCGAGCAAUCAUUCUUCACACGCGAAAACAUCAAAGCGCAGUACAACCAAACCGGUGUAUGGAAUUGGCACAUCCCAUUUCUGUGGAUGCCACACAUGGCUGAGAUGCUGAUUACAGGCAAGGAAAGGGAGUUCUGGACACAUUUUAUGAAAGCGGAAUGCUACAAUCCAAGUGCGCUAGAUCAGGAAGCAGUUGACGAGUGGAUACGCUGCUCGCAGAGCCCAGGUGGACUGAGAGGUAUCUUAGAAACGUAUCGCGCGCAUUGGGCGAACGUGGACGUGGAGGAAGAGAUUAUCAAGAAAGGGAAGUUGGAUUGUAAAGUAAUGACUGUUGGGGCUCCAGAAUUCUUUGGGCCACUUGUAGAGGAGCAAAUGAAGGGCACGGCUAACAAGGUCAUCAUUUCGGAGGUUUUUGAGAACUGCGGGCACAGUCUGGCCCUCGAACAGCCUGAGCGGCUCGCAAAUCUGCUGAAGAAAUUCAUAUUGUAA